GGCACGUUAAACUGUUUGUUGAUGGCCCUAAUCAGCAAACUGGGAUGGGAAUAAUGGAUCAAAUCACGCCAUACCUAGAUAAGUCUGAAAUGCACGUCUCUGAUGUGCACUUGUGCAAGUAUGUCUGAUUUUGACAAAGCGAAGAAGCUAUUGAUCGGGGCCGUAGAUGCCGUUUUAUCGCUUGCCGAUCAAGCGAAACAAGAAUCUUUGCGAGAGCCGUGCAGCUCCUCAGCGAUCAGACGUCCAAGCUUUGCUACCUUCGGAUCGGGAAGAAGCGCUGAAACACCUACACGUGAAGAAGCAAUUAGUCAAGGUGCAAGCGCUAGCAUGGAAGAGCACCGACGUCUUUUUGGCUACCGUCCGGCAAAGGGUAAAGGCAAGAGGAGCAAGAACGUUCGUGGUGCCCGACGUAGGUGCAGCAUCAGCACGUGGAAGAAGGAUUGCAUUUGCCUUUGCGAUAAAGAACAGUCGCUGAAACCUUCAUCCGAAGAGAAGAUUGAGCUAGCAAAGAUGGGAUUGGGUUUGGGAGAAGCGCUAUUCGAUGGAGAUGGCGAUGCGGAGCACAUUCACCGUGUCUUACUGGAAAAGUUCCCAGUGCUUGAAGCUUGUGGAGGGUAUACGCUUUUGUGUCUUGCUGAAAACUCCCACCAUAUGGUUGAAAUAGAAGAGCCUGAUAGUGGAAUGACGGUGCCUUUUCUUAAGGACGUUGUGAACCAAGCAAAGUUGUAUAUACGGCCACUGCAAAGGGAAAUUACAAAGGAGAACAUGAAAAAGUACUCUAUACGGAAAGUAAUACUAUCUGCAUGCAUCAAGCAUGAAUAG